GCUCUGUUACCUUUACAGCAUGAAGUGUCAGAGUUUGAAGAAGAUCAUUUUUGGUCUCAUGACCGUAGUUUUUAUACUAAUCAUAGCCUCUUUUUUUAUAUUUAAAUAUGAGGUAAAUGUGGAUUAUCUAAACCGGUAUGUCAUGGUGGCUCCCAUUCCAGAAAACAGAGACAAAGCAACUUUAGGAGAAAAAGCAGCUGCUUCUCUAAGAUCUACAGUGAUGAGCCAGGAGCCACCUCUCAAACCCACUGUGGAAAAGCAAGCCACUCCUGUGAAUGUACCCAAACCCACGACAAAGAAGUCUACCAGAGAAAAACCCAAACCCAUAACUGAGAGUACUACUGUAGUAAGACUCAAACCCACAACAAAGAAGUCUACCACAGAAAAUCCACGACCACAGACAAAAAAGUCCUUAAGGAUUGAAGAUUUUCAACUCUACCCCAAGUGGGACAUAGAGGAGGACUACCACCAGGACCCUUCUGCAAAAAACACAACCUGCCCAGAGUCUAUAAGAUCCAGGUCUGCUGAAAUUGAUUGGUUUAAACAGAUCUUCAUCCCUGACAUCAGCCUAUUCAUGCACAAAGAACACUUUAAUGAUGAGGAGUGGAAGAGGCUGGAACAUUUCAACCCUCCAUAUGGAUGGAUGGGGACUAAUUACACAGAAGUCAAACAGGCUGUGGAAUUGAUACCUGGGCUAAAAGAACAGAAAGCCCUGCUCAGCUCCAAGAGGAAUGACGGUUGUAUCCGUUGUGCUGCUGUUGGGAAUGGAGGGAUAUUGAACGGCUCUCGGAAGGGUGCUGAAAUCGACUCGCAUGAUUACGUAUUCCGUGUGAAUGGGGCUGUUAUCAAAGGCUUUGAAGAUCAUGUUGGAGUGAGAACCUCAUUUUAUGUCCACACAGCUCAAACCAUGCUCUCGUCUCUCGUGGGUUAUGAGGAACUAGGUUUUACCAACAUACCCAUGGAUAAGGAAACAAAAUACAUCUUGGUUACAGAAGGCAUGAGGGAUUACCAAUGGCUAAGAACGUUACUGCUGAAUACAGAGGUUUCCAGAGGACCCUAUCUUGGAAUGAGGCCAAGGUUGUAUUAUGGGACGGAUUUCAGACCAGAAAAUUAUUUGGUUGCUCACCCUGAUUUUAACAGAUACAUUAAAAACAGGUUCUUGAAAUCAAAAACUGUUGAAGGAAUAGAUUGGGCCAUCUACAGACCGUCCACUGGGGCCUUCGCUCUGCUCCUGGCUCUGCACCUCUGUGAUGUUGUCGAUGCCUAUGGAUAUAUCACAGAAGACUAUGCCAAAUAUCCAAACCACUACUAUGACAAGACAAAGACAGAAACAGUGUUUUACAGCAAUCACGACUAUGGAUUGGAAAUCAAGGAGUGGAAGAAACUGCAUGAUGCUAAAAUCAUGAACUUGUAUCAGAGGAGAUAAAGAAACCAACUAUCAGAGUUGGAGUUUACAAAUGCGUUAAUAACAUUACAGCUACUUUCCACAAAAAAGAAACAAGUUUGUCUCAUUACCUUUUCUCUGUUGUACAGCUACAUUGCUUGUACAUGUGUGAACAGGCUGACUGGUGUUUACGUCAGCCAGGAAAUGCAGGAAACUGAGUGGUGAGUGAAUUGCACUGGUGAGCAGUUUUAUUAUAAAUAAAAGGUUUAAACACAAUACAAAACCAGAACAAACAAAUCGGCACGUUGGCCAAAAUAAACAGACAAACAAACAAGACAAACCAAAACAAGUACUGUGCAGGUCCUCCCUUACGAGUAGCAGUUGUUAUAUUUAUUAUUUUUCUCCUUCUCUCUCCUGUUCUUUCUCCUUGAAC